CGGGAUGUAAAGAUUCUCAACACGUGCUUUUAAGCUCUCUACUGUUAGUUAAAUUGCAACUGAAUUUGAAGAAACAGAGAUUCACCAAAAUCUGGACCCAAAAGUUCAUAGUUACGUUGGAAAAACUGAAGGUUCGAAUAAGUCAAGUAUUGUUAGAAGUAUACUCCCCGAAAUUCUGCAAAAAAGGUUCACUCAAAGUAAAGUUUAGACAAUGUCAAAUCAUUAAAAAUCGUGCUCAAUUUAAACACGAAAGAACAUACAUUACAUUUCUAUAACUGUGAUUUUUUUGAGAUGAUUCAUCAAUUUUCGGUAUACCCCAAUAAAAAGCAUGCAGCAGAAGUUCAUCAAUUUCUGGCACAAAAAGUUAGCGUUACCUACCAUUUCACAUGAAAAGUAUCGUAACUUGAAAUGAAAGUAGGCUUUUGUUCGUGCAUUUUUCUACAAAGUAAUAAAUACUUACCGAGUACCUAUAUGCUUUUAUUGUGUCUUUUUUACUAACUCUGUAUAUUUUUGACGUGAAAGAAUUGUGCCCUCCCACUGCUUAAAACAAAAAUUUUCCUCUACAAAUUAGUAAAUUGCGAAGAAAUGGAUGUAUGUUACAUUUUACUCGCCCCGUAGAAUAGGUGGUAUUUUAUAUCGCAGCUUGGGCAUCUGACCGUAGUUCAGACGGCAGGCAUGGAUCUGUACGACCUAUGCCUGAAGCACGAUGCCCCUCACCCUCGCCUUUCCGCUUCAGUCUACACACCAUCAGUCGGCAGUCGGUUUGCGAUCGCAGAACUGGCUUGUUCGAGAACUUCAGGCUGACGUCAGUCCAUUACAUGAUUUCCGGUGUGUUCGAAUAAAGUUUUGUUCGCAUUCCACCAAAUGAAAACACCCCAAACGGGAAUAUUUUGAUUUAUAUUUGAUAUUUCUCAACAAUAAACGAGACAUUCAAUUAAAAUCGCCGCAAAUUAAGGCUUCUUCCGCUUGGUUAUUGAUGUCUGAACGCUGAACUGCGGCAUGGACAACAAACCCCCUUUUAUUUCGGGCUUUAUAGAGCUUUACCGUCAGCACCCCUGCCUGUGGAGAAUGAGAGACGAUAAUUAUUCGAACAAAAAGAUGAAGGACGAAGCUUACAGUGUUUUACUAGACUUUUAUAGGAAGACUGCGCCUACUGCUACCCUUGAUACAGUCAAAAAAAAAAUUAACAAUUUGCGCAGUGCGUUUAGGAAGGAGCUGAAGAAAGUAAGGAACUCUAGAUUGGAAUCUUCAGCAGAUGGUUCCCCUUACACGCCGUCACUGUGGUACUACGAUCUUCUGAUGUUUUCUGCCGAUCAGGAGGAAUCUAGAAGCACAGUUGAUAGUGACGAACCUAUAUACGACCAUCAGGUGGAAACAUCGCUUUCGUAUCCCACAAACCAAGAGUUCCCUUUGCAGCAACACAAUUUCAAAAGUGCCUGGUCAGACAGCGCUUCAUCCGAUCACCUGUCAGCCCCAUCCUCGAAAUAUAAAAAAACGAAAAAUGGGAAGAAAAGAAAACAUUCUUCUAAUGCUUAUGACGAUGAGUUCGACUGUAUCGGGAUCAAUGUAGCUUGCAAAUUGCGACGAAUGGAUGAGGAUCAAAGAAUGUAUGCAGAAGUGUUACUCGGUAAACUUCUGUUGCACGGCAUGAAAGGAAGACUUCAGGAAGAGACCGAUUUCAAUGGAUUGAAAAUUACGCAGCCCCAGCCGCCAAUUGAUCAGAAGUAAUACUCGGGAUCCUGAGGAAUGAAGAAACUACUUGAGCAGUUUACUGAUUUUUCCAGUUAGAGGCUAUAUCUAUAAAAGCCCGAACCAAAUUCGACCCACCAAGAGAACAAAUAAAUAAAUGUAUAUAUCCUCCUUUGUGUAAUUUUUUACACGACGAUAAUAAAUAAUGCUGCAAAUUUAACGCA